GAUACGUUAUGUUUCGCGUAAUCGAAGCAGCCUAUGGUGAAUAUGCUAUUUUUCACACCGUGAGUUUCGACAAUAGGAAAGAAGUCCAGCUGAUGAUGUUGUAUGGCCAAGAACCAGAUUUGCGUCCAGAAAUAAAAACAAGGUUUGGACAAAUUUGCCAAAAGCAUGGAAUGUAUGAGGAAAACAUUAUUGAUGCCACCAAAGUUGCAGAUCGCUGUCUCCAGACCCGAGGGAGCUUCCUAGCCCAGUUCUUCAGGUCCAGAAGUCCAUCACACCCUCAGAUUUUUGGUCACAACAUCUUGCUUUGAUCUCUGUACAACUUUAACUUCUGAUCUGGGAAUAGAGCUGUCUGAACUUCCAGUUAUCUUCCAACCUAGAAAACGGUGUCUUGAAUUUCCUCAUCUGUUUCCUACCUAAGAUGUAUUGUGGGGCUGCAUUCAGAUAACGUAUGAGAAUAUCUUAGCAACUAUGGCUUGUAGAAAGCACGUAUUUAAUAAAAAGCAGCUAUGGCUUUUGCCAUUCUUCCUCAGUGUAUCAAAGCCUAUUUAGAACUUUUCAUGCAGAGGAUGGCAGAAAGCAGCCUAGGAUCCUUCAUUGAUUCCUAUGUUUAUACACAGGUUAAAGGAAGGUUAAGAUGAGAUCUGUAAGAGAUUAAAAAAGCCAUUAACUGAAUACCCUUCUUCUCUCUAUUCUGGCAAGUAACAUAGGUUAGAAUGCAGGUUGAAAUCUAUUUCUUCAUCAUUUUUUUCCAAAAUAGAAAUUCUCUUUGUCCUCAACUCAAUCUAGGAAGUGCUUAUGAGGCUCUGUAUCCUUUUCUCAUCUGUUUCUUCAGUGCUGAGUGAAUGGUUCCUCACCUGGGCUCCAGGAUCUUCCUUUCCAUGGCCCCCAUGUCAUUUUGUGACAAGUUCUGUGACCUGAUGGCCAUCACUCUCUCACAUGAAAG